UGCCCAUUUCAGAACUUUGAAACCCUUUGAGUAUAAAGCCUUCAUACACAUGGUGAUUGUUGAACAGGGUUUUGCAGAUUUGCUACAGGAACCAGGUUUUGGCUUGUGGUCAAAAGAUACAAAGUUAGUUGUGGACUGAUAGAGUAUAAGGAUUUAAUUGUCUAAAAUGAUGAAUGCUCCGUUAAUCUGCCUUGCUGCUUGUCUGUUGCACAUGGUGCACAGUGCACCAACCUCUGUUUCUUGGUGCUAUCAUAGGCCUUCAUGUAGUGCUGUCGCUUGGCCCAUAAUCGCAGAAAAAUACUGUAAUGGCACUCAACAGUCUCCAGUAGACAUUGUAACCGCCAAUGUGCAGGCUAAUACUAAUCUGACUGCUUUCACCUUCACUGGCUAUGAUGACAAUACAACCUUAACUGAGAUUAAAAACACUGGUACAACGAUUCAAGUUACACUUGAUCCCAAGAAAAUGCAUGUGGAAGGAGGUGAUCUGCCAGGCCUGUUUGCCAGUAUGCACUUCAUUGAGGCCUCUAAUGACACUGGGAGACCAGAGAGCUGGAAGACCUUGACGUCUUAUCUUGCAAAAAUUGCCAGUGCAGGUGAUAAAACGCACGUUUCCGACAAGCUCACCAUGGAUGAUCUGCUUUUUGGAGUGGACAGGACUAAAUAUUACCGUUAUCUUGGCUCUUUGACCACACCAAACUGCGAUGAAGGUGUGAUUUGGACCAUCUUUAAAGACCCCAUUAAAGUCAGUCGAGAUUUGAUUGACCUCUUCACUACGACUGUCUACAUCAACAAAACCUCCAACUCUCCACUAAUGACCAACACGUUUAGGGGUGUUCAGCCCAUCAAUGGCAGGGUUGUGACGUCACAGAGAGCAGGUACCAAAAUUACUGGCCUCAUAAAGCCAACAUCAGGUACCAAAACUACUGGGUUUGUAGGUACUAAACCUACUGGCCUUAUCAAGUCAACAUCGGGUAUCAAAACUACUAGAAUUCUAAAGCCAACAUCAACCGCAACAAACCUAUCCCAGGCUUUCGUUUUUCCUCUGAGUGUCAUACUCCUGUACUGCAUCCUACCUUUGUAAAUCGGUUCACAAAAUGCUGAGAUUUAAGAUGGCUUUGUGAUUGUGAAAUAUACAAUUCAAUGUUAUAGAUCGUUUAAAAAAAAAA